UUCCCCAGCAUGCAUUGCGUGUUGCUGUCCAACAAGAAGGAGUGACUGUGUAGAAAAAUCGUCCGGGCGACGCUCUUUGACGUUCUACCGAGUUGUCGCUCGCUACUAUGCAUUUGUAUUGUAUCAAAUAAGGCGCAGGGCACUAGGAAAAACAACAACAACCGCGGAAGGUGACGUCUGUUGCUCCAGCGAUGCCGCUCUUCGCGACCAAUCCUUUUGACCAAGAUGUUGAGAAAGCAACCAGUGAGAUGAACACAGCAGAGGACUGGGGCCUCAUCUUGGACAUUUGUGAUAAGAUAGGACAGUCACGCACUGGACCCAAAGAAUGCCUCCGCUCCAUCAUGAGACGUGUGAAUCACAAAGAUCCCCAUGUGGCUAUGCAGGCACUCACUCUUCUCGGCGCAUGCGUGUCAAACUGUGGCAAGAUCUUUCACCUGGAGGUGUGCUCCAGAGAAUUUGCCAGUGAAGUCAGUAAUGUCUUAAAUAAGGGACACCCUAAAGUAUGUGAGAAGCUGAAGGCACUGAUGGUGGAGUGGGCUGAGGACUUUCGCAGCGACCCCCAACUCAGCCUGAUUUCUGCUAUGAUCAAGAAUCUACGUGAGCAGGGUGUCACAUUUCCAGCGGUGGGCUCUCAGGCAGCAGAGCAGGCAAAAGCAAGCCCCGCCUUAGUGGCAAAGGAUCCCGCCACCUCCUCAAAUAAGAAAGAAGAAGAAGACCUGGCUAAAGCCAUCGAGCUGUCCCUGAAGGAGCAGAGGCAACAGAACCAGACGUCCUUGUCAGGCCUAUAUCCCAGCACCUCCGCACUGAUGCCCUCGCACAAGUCGGAUGGACGCAAGGUACGUGCCAUCUACGACUUUGAGGCAGCCGAGGACAACGAGCUCACCUUUAAAUCUGGAGAGAUCAUCACUAUUCUGGAUGACAGUGACCCCAACUGGUGGAAGGGGGAGACGUAUCAGGGGGUGGGGCUGUUUCCGUCCAAUUUUGUCACAGCUGAUCUCACUGCGGAGCCUGAGAUGAUGAAGACGGAGAAAAAGACGGUGCAGUUCAGCGAGGAAAUUCAGGUGGAAACUAUCGAGCCGGAACAGGAGCCCGUUUUUAUCGAUGAGGACAAAAUGGACCAACUGCUGCAGAUGAUUCAGAGUGCAGACCCUACAGAUAACCAGUCAGACAGUGUUGAAUUGCUACAGCUUGAAGGAGCAUGCAAUCAAAUGGGACCUCUCAUUGACCAAAAACUGGAGGACAUCGACCGGAAGCACUCCGAGCUGUCCGAGCUCAAUGUGAAGGUAAUGGAAGCACUGUCAUUGUACGCCAAACUCAUGAACGAAGAUCCCGUGUACGCCAUGUACGCCAAGCUGCAAAGUCAGCAGUACUACAUGCAGCAGCCCCCCGCCGCCUCACAACAGCAGGUGUACCCUGCUGCUCCUACGUCGGGUUCGUACAGCAUGAGUGGCGCCGCCGUACAGGGUUACAAUGUUCCCGUGGAGCAGCUUCAAGGCCAGACCUCUCUUCCCACUCAGCCGGCACCCAGACGCAUCAAACUAGCAUGGCGCCAAGAACCACUCGCUCCAAAGUUGGACUACACUUCACCAGGAAAGAGUGUGAAAAUGAAAGGUUACGACGGGUAAGCACGAGCAUUGCAGCCAUAAACAUAACAAUGACAGCACGUAGGUUCAAACGCUCGAAAGUGUGUCUUCACUUCACGAGGAAAAAUUACAACAAAGCGACUUGCAGUCAUUGCAAGGUGGAGAUAACUGCAUCGGGAGGGAAUAGACUGCACUGUCCUCACCGAGACAGCUAUACAGCUAGCUAAACUCCGAAAAGACGAUACAGAAGACGUUGGUAUAAUUUGCUGACUUUAUUCAACCAUCACUUGAAGAGUGAAACUAAAAAUAGAAAUGAAACAAAUCACUUUCGUCCCCAAUAACAAACAGGUUUGCAUCAACGUAAAUCAGCGAUGAUUAGCUGCUAAUAACAGUAUGGUUAGCAUUCGUUCGCUAGCAUUAGCACAUCGUUCAAACCACUACACAACUGGAUUUAAGUGUCCGAUCGCGAGUGGAAACACAACAACAACAACACAAAAGAUGAUACAUACAGGCGUUGCUUCUGUAGAUAUUAACAUUAACAAAGAACGUAGGCUCGUAGAAGUGUUUCCCUCUCUCACUUCGCUUGCUCACUCGCUUGGAUGCGGCAUUUCUUCGGGUGCCCAAACUGCGGCCCGCGGCCCAAAUACGGCCCACCUCCACAUUUGGUCCGGCCAUUUUGAAUUGUUUUUUUUUCUCAAUCGUGUUAUUUAUUUCCUGCCCUUUUUCCUUGAAGAAUUCAGAGAGGGUUAUUUGGUUAUUAUCUAUUUAAUUAAUAGUGUUUUUAUUAUUAAUUAUUAUUAUUAUAUUAUUAUUUUUAUUUUAUUUACUUUCAUUCCGUGAAGAAUCCAGAAAGGGUUAUUUGAUUGUGGCUUUCUGAAAAACAAUAAUUUUUUACGUUUAUGCACUUCUGCAAUCGUCACACUUUUUUUGUUACAAACUGACCCCGGCCCCUCAUCAGAGAAGGGAAAAGUUAUGUGGCCCUCACAGGAAAAAGUUUGGGGACCCCUGCUUUAACACAUAUUGCCAAACGCAGAACAACAACCUAUCUGCCAAUAUAUACCAAUAUUUUUUUAUUUCUAUUAGAUAAAUGUUUCAGUAAAAUGUUACACAUUCUUGUGUAUUUGCCACUUAUUGCCACAGUUAACAUUGAGGCUUUGGGCCUCUUUUGAUCUCGUUGUGAGUUUGUAAGGUUGUGAGUUCUGAUUAAACAAACUCGAUGCCAAUCAAAACGUUUGUUGUUCUUUUCCCCCAAAUUAGAAUCGAUAAGAGAAUCGAUAAAGAAUCGAAUCGUUAAGCAAUAUCGAUAAUGGAAUCGGAAUCGUAAAAAUCCUAUCAAUUCCCAUCCCUAGUCAUUACCCGGGUGAUGACAAGUAUGAUGUUUACUCUUGGUCCGUUCCUCAUUUCGUCCUGAAGACCGGGCUGACUGUUUUAGUUCCGCUUUACUUGGCAUAUUUCAGUAAUCGGAAUUUGGAUGUUUGUGAAUCGUUCUCGAAUCUUCCACAGCCGAAUCGCGAAUAAUCAAAGAAUCGGAAAUUUCGCACACCUCUAAUGGCCACUGUGCAAAAAUUUCAUUGUAACACAAAUGACUUACAGCUAGAGGGGCUUGAACAGUACACUUCAAAUAGAGGACCGGGUAUCAGACGACUUAUUGUUAAUGGCUGCUGUGACAUGUAGUGAUGCACGAUAAUACAUUUUUCAACCGAUAUCGAUAACCGAUAAUUACCUGCCCCUUCCACCCGAUAAACGAUAAUGUCACGCCGAUAAUUCUAUUUAAUUAUGUAUGUAAAAUUUUAAAGUAUACAAAGAUAAAUGUUACUGUGCAAAAAUGUAAUGCAGUGCUAUUUUUUUCCACAUCAAAUGUGAACAAGUAGUGAAUUCCAACAACUAAACAAUGGCUAUGACAUUGUGUAAUGAUAACCUUUUGGCAACAAUUACUUAAGGAGUUAACACCCAAGUUAAUACCUUUAAAAGUAAGCCAUUCCAAACAUAUAUCACAUUACUACACUGCAAAAACACCUCCUUAAAACUAGCAGAAUUGGACAAAACUGUUGAUUGCGCACAUUUGGAGGCUAAAUCAAGUAUAUAAUUAUCGGAUUGCAUUAUCGGUUGAAUUUCGUUUUAUCUGGAUUAUCUGUGUGACGUCAUAAUUGCCAUUAUCGGCCGAUAAUUGUCAGUGACCAAUAUUAUUGGCAUCUCUAGUGACAUGAUUACUCAACACAAGUGUUUACUUCGUUUUUUUGUUUUUUUUUCCAGAGCAUUUUCUGAAAUACACGCACGCACACAUGUACCCCCCCCCCCCCCCCACACACACACACACACACUUCCCAAGCUCUUAUGCCAAGUAAAUAUAUAAUAUUUUAUGAUGGCAGUAGUGACACAGAAUAAAGCAAGCACAUACAGAAAAAUAGCUGUUGGAUUAGACUUUAUGCUGAACAUCAUAAAAGCAAUCAGAGAAAUCACACACACAGAGAUACAAAAUAACACAACAUACUGAUUACUAGAUGCAGUCCGUGCCCAAUCUACUCAUUAAGUUCAGCUACUUCAACAAGGGUAGAAACGCUGUCACAGGUAGCGAUCGCCACUUCGUCUUUCUCAAAUCCAAAUUUUUUCUAGACAUCCGACGUAGAGUUCUUUCUUGGCACCAAUGCCACACUGAGCGUCGACUAAUGGUAUACUCGAAAUGCCUGUGGCCUGGCUACCACUAUUAUCCGACUCCCAUCACGUUCACUUGUAGCAUUAGCCGCUAGCGUUAGCGUACCGGGCUUCUAUUUGUUUGAUUUUCUGAUAGCCACGUGACUUCACAUGUAAGCACACUGGCUACUUUCUUGAAAGGGAAUGAGCAUAGCCGAACAACACAUAGUAAGAGCAGGCUGGAAAGACUUAAUUUUUUUCGUUUGAUUAAAAAAAAACAAAUUUACCGACAUGGUCAAAAUUACGUCAGUCAUCGUGAACCAUCUUGGUAACGGUAAAUUUUGGGUAAACCGCCCGGCUCUACUUAAAAAUACCAUUGUUACAUCCAUUUUUACUUUCAUUUGCUUGAAUUUAAUGCCAUUUUGAUAUACCAGGACUCAUCCCAGAGUAACCUUUUAAUUUGACAUUGUAUUCAUG